AAGGGAAGAAAAGAAAACUAGGGUUUGUUCCAGUCCGUUUCCGGGGAGCCCCCCUCCCCCCCAACUCGGCAACCAAAGACGCGUCGUCGUCGUCGGGACCUACGGCGGCAGGAAGCCGCAGUCGCGUACUGGUCGCUGGGCUCAUCGUGCCGGCCAGGAGCGGCGGCCGCGGUAGCUCGGGGAGCUUGCAGCAGCGGUGGCCGCAAAAGGAUCGGCGACGGCGGCACCCUACUACCCCGUAGCCUCCGAUAGAGGCCCCUCUUCCUGUUCGAGUGUUUAGGCAUAUAUCUGCAGCUUUGUCACAACAAAGGAAUCUCUCUGGGAGUUACAUUGAGCACUAGGAAUAAUCUGCAAUGGCAGAGGCCAGUCCUAGAACAGAAACGUCAGAUGAUACUGAUGAAAAUCUUAUGCUUGAACCAGGGAAUGCUGCUCUUGCUGUUGCUUCUGACUCUAGUGACAGAUCCAGAGACAGAAACGGAGAUCAAAAGACAAUGCGUCGGCUUGCUCAAAAUCGCGAGGCUGCAAGGAAAAGUCGUUUGAGGAAAAAGGCAUAUGUUCAACAAUUGGAGAAUAGCAGGCUAAAGCUUACCCAGCUAGAGCAGGAGUUGCAACGAGCUCGUCAACAAGGCAUUUUUAUAUCUAGUUCAGCAGACCAGUCCCAUUCCAUGAGUGGAAAUGGGGCAUUGGCUUUUGACACGGAGUACGCACGGUGGUUGGAAGAACACAAUCGACAAGUUAAUGAGCUGAGAGCUGCAGUUAAUGCUCAUGCAGGCGAUACUGAGCUGCGCAGUGUUGUUGAGAAGAUCAUGUCACACUAUGAUGAGAUUUUUAAGCAAAAAGGAAAUGCGGCCAAAGCAGAUGUCUUUCAUGUGUUAUCAGGCAUGUGGAAGACACCAGCUGAGAGGUGUUUCCUAUGGCUUGGAGGUUUCCGACCUUCUGAGCUUUUAAAGCUUCUUUCAACCCAGCUUGAACCUCUAACUGAGCAGCAGCUGUCAGGGAUAUGCAACCUUCAGCAAUCAUCACAACAAGCUGAGGAUGCUCUUUCACAAGGAAUGGAGGCCCUUCAACAGUCUUUGGCAGAAACAUUGGCUGGGUCUAUCGGCUCUUCUGGAUCUGGAUCAACAGGAAAUGUGGCAAACUACAUGGGUCAAAUGGCCAUGGCCAUGGGAAAGCUUGGAACUCUUGAGAAUUUCCUUCGCCAGGCUGACAACCUGCGGCAGCAGACUCUUCAGCAGAUGCAAAGGAUCUUGACGACAAGGCAGUCUGCCCGUGCACUUCUUGUUAUAAGUGAUUACUCAUCACGGCUUCGUGCCCUAAGUUCUCUCUGGCUUGCUCGACCGAAGGAAUAACAAGUCCGUCCGUGUGAUUUGACUGCAAUGCAUUUUUGCAGUUUGGGGGUUGAUGGUGAUGGCAGUCAUGCAACGACUUGAUUCAGAGAAACUUGCACAUACUGUAAUCCAAAGAGAUGUUGUGUUCAGGUAGCUUAGCCAUAUAGUGAAGUUGAGUGCAUUAGGGCCGGGUCCUUGUCGUACCGUUAACCGUUGUAAAUUUGGUAUCUAAUGGUUGCCAAGUAAUUUUUAAAAUCCUAAUUUGCAGAGAACCAUCCCAUUAGAUGCACAUUUAUAACUUUUGUCGCUAAUCGGAUUUAUUGACUGCUGGGUACUUUUGACAUCAUGUUGUACAAUGCCAGGCUAAUCUACUGACUGUAUAUUACCAUUUGGUUGCCUUGAA